AUGCGAGAAGCAUUCGAGAAAGAAGUCAAAUUCAUGGCUCGUCUUAAACACGAGAAUGUUGUCCGUCUGCUUGGUGUAUGUCUCUCUAGUAAUGCUUUCAUAAUGAUGGAAUAUAUGGAGAGUGGUGAUCUUAACCACUACCUCAGAGAUAAAGAUCUCAUUACUGCCGAGUCUUACCCCCUGCCAGACAAUGCUGUGACUGUCCCAGUACUUGUUUACAUGUGUCUACAAAUAGCAAGAGCAAAGGCUAGCAAAGGCCACAAUGAGAGCAACAACCACGUUGAGAGCAAAUGCCACAAUGAGAGUGAACACGUUGAGAGUAAAGACCACAAUGACGUUGAGAGCAAAGUUAAAGGAGAUACCAGAUCCUCCUCCACCACGCCCAAUUCGAUCAAAAACAAAAAUGCCAUCCUAGUAGAGAAUGCACUAUAUUCAUCAGCCGAUCAGCUAAACAAUAUUAACGCUGCUGUGUCCAAUCCUCCAUUGAAUUCAACUGACUUUGGCGGUUCAGCUUUUAAUAUCUAUGCAGAACCAAACAAGGUACUUCCUCCACCUAUACCGGACUUUAGAGCCUCUCCUUCGAUGUAUAGUAUAGAUCUAAACCCAUCUCAUUUCCGAUCACAAGAACUCUUAUCACAAGAGGACUCCUCUUCACUGCACCCAUUCUCAUCUGUUUAUGCCGAUCCUUUGCCCAUCCUUAGAUCAGAUGUGUUAGAAGUCACUGAACAAAAUAUUAGUGAAAUCAAAGAGCUUGGUGUUGGUCAGUUUGGUACAGUCAUACUUGCAAGCACAAUCGGUUUGAGUCUCAAAGAUUUGGGUCUCGGGAAUGUGAAUACCAGUGUGAGUAUUUUAGUGGCUGUAAAAAAGCUGCAUUAUGAUGCAGAUGCUUACGAGAGAGAAGCCUUUGAGAAAGAAAUCAAAUUCAUGUCUCGUCUGAAGCAUGAAAAUGUCGUACAUAUUCUGGGAGUGUGUCUGAAUACAAACGCUUUCAUUAUGAUGGAAUAUAUGGAGAAUGGAGACCUCAAUCAAUACAUACAAAAAUUUGAGUUCUCUCCAGACUGUGAAACAUCUGAGACAGAUAAAUUUAUAAAUGUUGGUGUUCUCAUAUACAUGUCACUUCAGAUCGCUAGUGGAAUGCGGUAUUUAGCCUCAAUGAAUUUUGUACAUAGAGAUCUUGCUACUCGAAAUUGUCUAGUCGGUCAAAAAUUUAUUGUAAAGAUAGCAGACUUUGGUAUGAGUCGACAGUUGUAUGAUAAUUCAUACUACAGAAUUCGUGGAAAAGCCAUGUUACCGAUACGUUGGAUGGCCAAGGAGUGUUUCUAUGGACGAUUCUCUGAGAAAACAGAUGUGUGGGCAUUUGGUGUCGUUAUGUGGGAAAUAUUUACACUCUGUAAGCAACAACCAUACGAACAUUUAUCAGAUCAGGAAGUCAUUGAUGACGCUGUCCAGACCACCGAUAGCCCUGUAAAUGGUUACUCAUCUCUACCUAUGCCUGUUUAUUCUGAGGCAGUUGAUCAUCCAACUGCUAAUGGCUCACCUAUCUACAACCAAGCAAAGACUCCAGAUGAUAUUUACUCUGAACCUCAAUGGAAAAAGGAACAGAACCCAUUUGAAUUCAAUCUGGAUAAUCCUAUCUAUGAAGAUGCUGAUAACGAUCAGCCUUUUUCAUUCGUACAAUCUGAUCUUUAUAGCGAAGGCCUCCUGGAUGUCCUCAAGGAGUUUUACACUGUGAUACGAAAAUGUUGUUUGGGAAGCAAGCCGGAUGAACGAGCUCAUUUUAAUGAGAUAUACU